AUGGCCCAACAGGCGCCGGAAGUGGUCCCUGACCUCCUUGCCGGAAUCAUCAUUCCGAUAUUCUUCGCAAGUCUCGUAGUCAUCGGCCGUCUUUAUUCGAGAUUUCUACUGAAAAACCAUUGGUGGGACGAUGCGGCUAUAUUCUUCGCGUGGUUAUUCGCCAUCGCGCUGGUCGCAAUCGUCGGCGUCGAAACCGAAUAUGGGCUCGGCCACAAGUUCAGUAAUAUCCCUCUUCGGUUGCGACCGGUUGGCAUCCGACUAUCAUACGCGACGAUCAGCAGUUACCAAGUGUCGUUAGUCCUAACGAAGAUCAGCAUUCUGUUGUUCUACCUGCGCAUCUUAAAAAUACCGUAUCAACGAGUUCUCGUAUUUAUCACCAUGGGCUGUGUCGUGGUCUACGGCAUCGUCUUCUUCCUUCUCACUUUCUUCCUGUGCAACCCCGUACAGAACAGAUACGAAUUCGAUAUCAGAGUGGGACAUUGUCUAGCUUACUACCCGAUUCUAACAGCGUCAGCUGCCUUGCAUACAACAACUGAUGUGUGGAUGAUUGGAAUGGUGCUCCCUCAUAUACUUAAAAUGACGCUACCUAUACGACAAAAAGUCGCUCUCGCAUUCGUCUUAACUUUGGGUAUAUUUGUAGCUUGCGCCUCUCUGACAAGAAUGGCUGUUGCAUGGGAAUUUCUCAACCCCAAAUACGCUCAGUGGGACUCGUUUUCAUUUGCGAUCUGGACCACGUUAGAGUCGAGCUUAGGUCUGGUAUGCGCCUCGGUACCAAUGCUGAAGCCCUUGGUCAGGCAGUUGAUGGGUCUCAAGCCCUCCUCCAAGCCCGAUGUUUUGAAGAACGUUCCUCGAACCAGGGGUCCAGAGAGACCACAAAACCGAACAAACGAAUACGCCUCGGAUGCAACGACGUUAUGGACAAGGGGCGGGGGAGAUGUCGACAUCGAGGGAAUCGACCUCAGGCCAAUAAAGACUAAUCAAACAUAUAGAGCCCCGGUAGCAGGAGCGAUUUCAGAAGAAAGACUUGUCACUGUGUGA